AGCUGGUCGUCUCCUCUCUCCGCCACCGCCGGCCUAGGGCAAGAGUGGAGAGGAGCGGAGCGGAGGAGGAAGGAGAUGGGCGGGGUGGAGCAGGAGCAGAGCCUCAGCCUGGGCGUCCUCAUCGACAUCGUCGACGAGCAGUGGAUGCGCGACACCCUCCCCGCCGACGAUGUCCCCGUGCCGCCCGCCAUGGCCGUGAAGACGGAGGAGGCGGAGGAGCCAGCACCCGCCAAUCAGGAAAGCCAGCCAGCACAAGGCGAUGUGUGGCGUGAUUUCGCAUUGGAAAAUCUCUGAUAUCUUGUGACCUGCGAGUGUUUGCAGAGAUGAACAUACUGUGCUGGUAGUCAAGAAGCUAUGGGGUCGUUGCAUUGUCGAACCUUCUUAAUUCUAGAUUCAUCUCAACUUAGGGUACUAUCUGGUUCAAGUUUCAUCUUGUAGUUGGUUCAUGUCAGAACUAUAUGUUGUGAUGAUGACAGCUAUUCAAUAAUCUGGAACAUAUCAAAUCACUGGUACUUUGCAGUCACCACGCAUUGCUGCAUAACACACAUCAGAGGCUCUGCCUUGUCAUGUGUAUGGAAACAUUCUUUUUCUCCACAUAGAUCCUGCACCGAGCAUAUACAAGGAAUGUUUUUUGGUUGUAGCUGCAGCCUGCAGCGGAGUAGUAGACGUUAUUCUGCAAUCUACACAGGAUCUUGUCCUGUGAAUGCACAUGCUGAAGUCCUUAAUUGUUUGUACUCGCCUGUCACAUGCUGCACUGGUGCUUCAUUCAUGCCUUGUGCUGUAACCUGUACGAAUUGUGCAUUUGUUCACUAUCUUUACAGGGAGGCACUGACCAAUGAGGCAUUGUGGCAACCGGCCUGUGGUUUCAUAUAUGCUUGUGAAUUGGUUCU